AUGGGGAACCUUGAGAGAAGGCGAUGUGAGCUGGAUCUGGAUACAACACCCGUAUUUGAAGAGGAGUCAAAACCUAUUUAUUGUCAAAACUGUCAAAGCAUUUCUUUCUGCUCCUUCACCCAGCGGUCGCUGCUGGUGGUGUGUUCCAAGUACUGGCGGGUGUUUGAUGCUGGAGAUUAUUCCCUCUUGUGUUCAGUCCCUAGUGAAAACGAUCAGACCUGGACUGGGGGCGACUUUGUGUCAGCGGAUAAAGUGAUUGUGUGGACAGAAGAUGGACAGAGUUUCAUCUACAAAUUACCAGCCAGCUGUCUGCCAGCUAGUGAUUCAUUUCGCAGAGAUGUGGGGAAAGCAGUAGAAAAUUUAAUCCCGCCUUUAUUGUACAGUGUGUUGGACAGAGCAGAUAAACAGCUGCUAAUAUGUCCUCCAGUUACUCGGUUCUUCUGUGGACACAGGAAGUUUUCCUAUAAGCUGUUAAUCCAAGGAGACUCCUCAGGGAGACUGUGUAUCUGGAGUGUGCCUGAUACUCUUGAACAGCAAGACAGUGCAAAAGGACUGCAAACGACAACUUCAGUGUCCCUCCAGGAAGCUUUUGAUAAACUCACUCCUCGCCCUGCUGGGAUUAUAGACCAACUAAGCUUGAUACCAAACAUCAACGAACCACUGAAAGUCACAGCCAGCGUGUACAUCCCAGCACACGGACGUUUGGUCUGUGGCCGUGAAGACGGGAGCAUUGUUAUAGUUCCAGCGACACAAACGGCCAUAGUUCAGCUGCUGCAAGGAGAGCACAUGCUCAGGAGAGGUUGGCCACCUCACCGGACUCUCCGAGGUCACAGAAACAAAAUUACAUGUUUACUGUAUCCUCAUCAGGUUUCUUCCCGUUAUGAUCAAAGGUAUUUGAUCUCAGGUGGUGUGGAUUUCUCAGUCAUCAUAUGGGAUAUAUUUUCUGGAGAGAUGAAACAUAUCUUCUGUGUACAUGGUGGAGAAAUUACACAGCUUCUAGUUCCACCAGAGAACUGUAGUGCAAGAGUCCAGCACUGUAUUUGCUCUGUUGCCAGUGAUCACUCAGUAGGUCUUCUGAGUCUGCGGGAGAAAAAAUGCAUCAUGCUGGCAUCCCGUCACCUUUUCCCUAUCCAAGUAAUAAAAUGGAGGCCUUCCGAUGACUAUCUGGUGGUAGGAUGCUCAGAUGGGUCUGUGUACGUCUGGCAGAUGGAUACUGGCGCACUGGACAGGUGCGUGAUGGGGAUAACAGCAGUGGAAAUCCUGAACGCCUGUGACGAGGCCAUCCCCGCGGCCGUGGACUCCCUGAGCCAUCCUGCUGUCAACCUGAAGCAAGCCAUGACACGGCGCAGCCUGGCAGCUCUGAAAAACGUGGCACAUCAGAAACUGCAGACUCUGGCCACUAACCUGCUCGCCUCCGAAGCGUCUGACAAGGGGAAUUUACCCAAAUAUUCACAUAACUCCCUGAUGGUUCAAGCCAUAAAGACCAACUUAACAGAUCCAGAUAUCCAUGUGCUUUUCUUUGACGUAGAAGCGCUGAUUAUUCAGCUGCUGACGGAGGAGGCCUCCAGACCCAACACCGCGCUCAUUUCUCCGGAGAAUUUGCAGAAAGCCUCUGGCGGGUCUGACAAAGGAGGCUCUUUUUUGACUGGUAAACGAGCAGCUGUCCUCUUCCAGCAGGUCAAGGAAACCAUCAAAGAGAAUAUAAAAGAGCAUCUUCUCAAUGAUGAUGAUGAAGAUGAAGAGUCGAUGAGACAGAGAAGAGAAGACGGUGACCCGGAAUAUCGCUCUAGCAAAUCUAAACCAUUAACUUUAUUAGAAUAUAAUCUAACCAUGGACACAGCAAAGCUUUUUAUGUCCUGUCUUCACGCUUGGGGCCUGAAUUCUGUUCUAGAUGAGCUCUGCCUUGACCGUCUUGGGAUGCUGAAGCCCCACUGUUCCGUGUCCUUUGGCCUCCUGUCCAGAGGAGGCCACAUGUCCCUGAUGCUUCCUGGCUAUAACCAGCCCGUGGGCAAACCCUCGUACGAUGGCGUGGAGCUAGGCAGGAAGAUGUCCAUCACAGAGGGACUGGGAAAGGGGACGUACGGUGUGUCGCGUGCUGUCACCACGCAGCAUCUCCUGUCCGUCAUCUCGCUGGCCAACACGCUGAUGAGUAUGACCAACGCAACUUUUAUCGGAGACCACAUGAAGAAAGGUCCAACCAGGCCACCUAGGCCAGGCACUCCUGAAAUGUCGAAAGCGAAGGCACCCCCUGCGGUUUCAAGUCAUGCAGCCCAAGGACAAAUCAAGCAAGUUGCUCCCGCUGUUCCUUCUAGCACUGAAGCUGGUCACUCUGGCUCUGACACUGCUCCUACUUUACAUUCCUGUUUCUUAGUCAAUGAAGGGUGGAGCCAGCUCGCCGCGAUGCACUGCGUGAUGCUCCCCGACCUGCUGGGACUGGAUAAAUUCAGACCUCCUCUUCUGGAGAUGCUGGCUCGCAGGUGGCAGGAUCGAUGCCUGGAGGUGAGAGAAGCUGCCCAGGCCUUACUGCUGGCAGAGCUGAGAAGAAUCGAGCAGGCAGGUCGGAAAGAAACCAUUGAUGCCUGGGCUCCUUAUUUACCCCAGUACAUGGACAGCGUUAUAUCAC